GGAACAUGUCCUCUCGCAAGGGACUCAACGGUGCCUGCUCUGUGCACGAGUACACCGGGUCCUUCAUAGGACAGAGUGCCCACUUCAAGAUGACAUCGGUGUGUGGUCACGUCAUGACUUUGGAUUUCAUAGGAAAAUAUAACAGCUGGGACAAAGUGGAUCCAGCAGAACUUUUCAGCAAAGCUCCCACAGAAAAGAAAGAGGCUAAUCCCAAAUUGACCAUGGUGAAGUUUUUACAGGUGGAGGCAAGAGGCUGUGACUGUAUUGUCUUGUGGUUGGAUUGUGAUAAGGAAGGAGAAAACAUCUGUUUUGAAGUUCUUGAUGCUGUUCUGCCUGUCAUGAACAAGCCCCGUGGCACGGAGAGGACGAUUUACAGAGCUAAGUUCAGCUCCAUCACCGACACCGACAUCUGCAACGCCAUGAAUCACCUGGGAGAGCCCAACCGCAACGAGGCCCUGUCCGUGGAUGCCCGCCAGGAGCUGGAUCUGAGGAUUGGCUGUGCCUUCACAAGGUUCCAGACUAAAUAUUUUCAGGGAAAAUAUGGGAAUUUAGACAGCUCCCUCAUCUCCUUUGGGCCAUGUCAAACCCCAACACUUGGAUUCUGUGUUGAGAGGCAUGACAAAAUCCAGUCAUUUAAGCCUGAGACUUACUGGGUGUUGCAAGCUAAAGUGAACCCUGAAAAAGACAGUUCUCUCACUUUGGAUUGGGAUAGAGUGAGGGUGUUUGAUCGUGAGGUUGCUCAAAUGUUCCUGAACAUAACAAAGAUGGCAAAAGAAGCAAAGGUAGAAUCUGUGAGUAAAAAAGAGAAGGUGAAGCAGAGACCACUGGCUCUGAAUACAGUAGAAAUGCUCCGAGUGGCCAGUGCUGCUUUAGGAAUGGGCCCCCAACAUGCCAUGCAAAUAGCAGAACGUCUGUACACCCAGGGCUACAUCAGCUACCCUCGAACAGAAACCACCCAUUAUCCAGAAAAUUUUGACCUGAAAGGAUGUUUGAGACAACAGGCCAAUAACCCUUACUGGGCAGAAACUGUAAAAGUAUUGCUAUCAGAAGGCAUCAAUCGUCCAAGGAAAGGCCAUGAUGCAGGAGACCAUCCUCCCAUCACCCCCAUGAGAGCUGCAACAGAAGCAGAAUUAGGUGGAGACGGGUGGCGCCUGUACGAGUACAUCACUCGGCACUUCAUUGCCACUGUCAGUGCUGACUGCAAGUACCUGCAAACCACCAUUUCCUUCAGUAUUGGCCCUGAAAGAUUUACCUGUGUUGGCAAGGUGGUAACUUCACCAGGAUUCACAGAAAUUAUGCCAUGGCACAGCAUCCCAUUAGAAGAGAGCCUUCCCCACUGUGAGAAAGGAGAUCUUUUUCCAGUUGGUGAAAUAAAGUUACUGGAAAAGCAAACCAGCCCUCCUGAUUACCUGACAGAAGCAGAGCUGAUCACUCUGAUGGAAAAACAUGGCAUUGGAACUGAUGCCAGCAUUCCAGUCCACAUUAACAACAUUUGCCAGCGAAACUAUGUCACAGUGGAGAGUGGUCGGAGACUAAAGCCUACAAACCUUGGCAUUGUUCUGGUUCAUGGUUAUUACAAAAUAGAUGCAGAACUGGUUCUUCCUACAAUCCGCAGUGCUGUAGAAAAGCAACUCAACCUAAUAGCUCUGGGUAAAGCAAAUUAUCAUCAGGUCUUGGAGCACACCCUUGACAUUUUCAAAAGGAAAUUUCACUAUUUUGUGGAUUCUAUUGCAGGCAUGGAUGAACUGAUGGAAGUGUCUUUUUCACCCUUGGCUGCCACAGGCAAACCCCUUUCCCGCUGUGGUAAAUGCCAUCGAUUCAUGAAGUACAUUCAGGCCAAGCCGAGCCGCCUGCACUGCUCUCACUGUGAUGACACCUACAGCCUCCCCCAGAAUGGUACCAUUAAACUCUACAAGGAGCUGCGUUGUCCCCUGGAUGACUUUGAGCUGGUGCUGUGGUCAUCUGGAUCCAGAGGAAAGAGCUAUCCACUGUGUCCAUACUGUUACAACCAUCCUCCCUUCAGGGACAUGAAGAAAGGAAUGGGCUGUAAUGAGUGCACCCACCCCACGUGCCAGCACUCCCUUAGCAUGCUUGGAAUUGGGCAGUGUGUGGAGUGUGAGAACGGGGUUCUGGUGCUGGACUCGACCUCGGGCCCCAAGUGGAAGAUGGCCUGCAACAAAUGCAACGUGGUCGUGCACUUCUUCGAGAACGCCCACAAGGUGCGGGUGUCGCCCGAGACGUGCGACUUGUGCGAGGCGGCGCUCGUGGACGUGGAUUUUAACAAAGCCAAAUCCCCCCUACCUGGAGAUGAGACCCAGCACUCAGGCUGUGUGUUCUGUGACCCCGUGUUUCAGGACCUGGUGGAGCUGAAACACGCGGCCAUGAGGCACCCCAUGCACCGUGGGGGACAGGGGAAGCGGCAGGGGCGGGGAAGGGGCAAAGGCCGGAGACCUGGAGGAAGGCUCAACCCAAAGAAACCCAAGGACAAAAUGGCAGCUCUGGCUGCUUACUUUGUAUAAUGGCUACACA